ACAGCUUUUACUUCGCCAGAGCAUUUACAGCUCGGAGCGACUUUGUUUUUCAAUCACUGUGCAACAAUUUACGCGAAUAUUUUCUACCCUAAAGAUCCUUCCUGCCAUCGCUUUGCCGAACUAACGACCGAUUCGAGAAAACAGUAACAAUCAUGGCCGCAAGCCUACUGCUUAGAAACGUUUGCCGCCGCUCGCUGCUUCAGGGCUACGGCAUUAAUGGGUCGCUCCCGGUCCUGGCGGCCGCUCGCACCAUCGUGCUGAAGCCGGUCAAAUCCGACGAGCGCCCGGGUGAAUCACAUGACGACCGAAACGCGCGUCUUAAGCGACCACAAUCGCCCCAUCUCUCCAUCUACAGCUUCCAGCUGACCAGCAUGCUGUCGAUUACGCAUCGCUUCACCGGAAUGGCACUGACGGGCUACAUAACCGUCCUCGGGCUGGGCGCCCUGGCCUUGCCACACGAUGCCACACACUAUCUGACCAUGCUGGAGGGUCUGAGCGCUCCGACGCUAAUCCCGCUCAAGUUCAUGAUCGCUUACCCGUUCGCCUACCACACCGUCAACGGUGUGCGCCAUCUGUUCUGGGAUUUGGGCAAGUUCCUGACGAUUAAGGAGGUCUACACUACCGGCUACACGAUGCUCGGUGUUUCCGGCGUUCUGGCUGGUGUGUUGACGGCGCUGUAAGCGCGGUCCAUGCGUGUAAAGAGAGUAUGAGUAUGUUUUGAAAAUCUGCUAAUUUAUUUAAAAAGAAAACAGGCUAGUUGGAAAAGCGUUGUCGAAUAAAACCAAAUUAACUCCCACUGAAGAAGGGUCAUUGAGUAGUACU